AUGCCUCCGCGCUGUCGCCCCACCUCCGGCUACCACGGCAUUCGGGCGUGGCCGAGCGGCCGAUUCGACGUGGAAAUCCGCUCCGGCGAUGAGCGGAUCCGCCUCGGCACGUUCGAUACGGCGCACGAGGCGGCGCAGGCGUACGACGCUGUCGCCUGGCGACUCGGCCGCUCCCGCCGGACCAUGAACUUUCAUGAUGUCUGGACGCGGGAGCAGGCGGAGAUGCUCGCGCCGCUGCCGCCGGUCAUCACGCGCGAGCAGCAGCGCCGACAACGGGAGCUAGAGCAGCGCCUCCUCAUCGCCGAGGGCGAGGAGGCCCUCCGCCUCGAGUGGGCGCGUCGAUUCUCCGAAGACGUCGCCGCCAUGGAAGCCUUCUACGCUGUAAGGGUAUUAGCCAAAGAGGCAUAA